GGACACAAAAACAGCUUCAAGGCGGCAGGCGCUGCUCCACUGCGCAUCUGGCCAGGAGGGGUCUCUGGAUCUGUGGCUGAGCAGCCGCCCCAGAGACGCAGUUUCUAGCUGGCAAGUCAGUGGGGCCCAUUUACCAAGGAGCCGUCGUGGCUUGAGUAGCAUCAGCCGGUGAGGGCAAACACCAGCUUAGCAGCACCUCCUGAGCAACCAGAACUCAGGAAGCCAGAGUGAUCCUGGAUGAAAAAGAAGCCCAGAAGGAGAAAAGAGAUCCAGCCAGCCAGUUCUGCUUCUCAGGGUUCCCUCAGGUGCUGUUGGAGACCAGACACAUGGUAGCAAGUACAAAAUUGGAAAUGGCGUCCCCAGAACCGAAGGGCCUUGUCCCCUUCACCAGGGAGUCUCUUGAACUUAUGAAACAGCAUAUUGCUAAAAAACACAAUGAGGAACAAAGAGAAGAUUUAAAGCCAAACACUGACUUGGAAGUUGGAAAAGAGCUUCCAUUUGUUUAUGGGAAUCUUCCUCAAGGAAUGAUGUCGGAGCCUUUGGAAGAUGUGGACCCCUACUACAAGAAUAAAAAUACUUUCAUAGUAUUAAAUAAAAAAAGAACAAUCUUCAGAUUCAGUGCCACUUGGUGUACAUUUUCUCCUUUCAGUUUAACUAGAAGAACAACUAUUAAGAUUUUGGUUCAUCCCUUUUUCCGACUGUUCAUAUUAAUUAGUGUCCUGAUUGACUGCAUAUUUAUGCCCAUGACUGAGUUGCCAAAAUGGGGCCCAGCAUUACAGAAUACUUUGCUUGGAAUUUACACAUUUGAAAUACUUAUAAAACUCAUUUCAAGAGGCAUCUGGGUAGAACCUUUUUAUUUCUUUGGUGAUCCAUGGAACUGGCUCGAUUUCAGUGUAACUUUGUUUGAGCAUGUAACAAGGUACUUACCUCUAAACUUCAUUCCAAUAUUUCGAAUUACAAGAAAUUUGAGAAUUUUGAAAAUUAUUCCUUUAAACCAAGGUCUGAAGUCUUUUGUAGGGAUCCUGACCCACUGCUUGAAGAAACUUACUGGUGUCAUUAUCCUAACUCUGUUUUUUCUGAGUGUAUUUUCUCUGAUUGGCAUGGGGCUCUUCAUGGGCAAUCUGAAGCAUAAGUGUUUGCGAUGGCCCCAAGAAAAUGAAACUGUAACCCUGCACAACAGAACUGAAAAUCCAUAUUAUAUUCGAGAAACAGAAAAUUUUUAUUAUUUGGAAGGAGAAAUAUAUGCUCUUCUUUGUGGCAACAGAACAGAUGCUGGUCAGUGUCCUGAAGGAUAUGUGUGUGUGAAAGCUGGCACAAAUCCUGAUUAUGGCUUCACAAAUUUUGACAGUUUUGGUUGGGCAUUACUUGCCCUGUUUCGGUUAAUGACGCAAGAUUACCCUGAAGCACUUUACCACCAGAUCCUGUAUGCUUCUGGGAAGGUCUACAUGAUAUUUUUUGUUGUGAUAAGCUUUUGGUUUGCUUUUUACAUAGCAAGUUUAUUCUUGGGCAUACUUGCUAUGUCCUGUGAAGAAGAAAAGCAGAAAGCUGCUGAAAAAGCUGAGAAGACUGAGCCACAAUUUCAGCAGACUUUAAAAGAACUUCAAGAAGGAGACAAAGCAGCUGAGACCAAGACCACACAAAUAGAAAUGAAGAAAAGAUCACCAACUUCUAUGAUCACUUCUUUUAAUAUGUUGGAUGAUUCUACUGCUACUGUGAGACAUGAAGAAGAACUUAAAAAAUCCAGGAAGAGACGCCCAUUGUGUUUGUAUAGAUUUGCUAAAACUUUAUUGAUCUGGAAUUGUUCUCCCUGUUGGUUAAAAUUAAAAGAGUUUAUCCACAUGAUUAUAAUGGACCCAUUUACUGAUCUUGUCCUUACCAUAUGCAUAAUUCUAAAUGUGUGUUUUUUGGCCUUGGAAUGUUAUCCAAUGAGUGAAGAAACCACCAGUGUUCUCAGCAUUGGAAACCUGAUUUUUAUUGGAAUUUUCACAGCAGAAAUGAUUUUGAAAAUAAUUGCAAUGCAUCCAUAUGGGUAUUUUCAAGUAGGUUGGAACAUUUUUGAUAGCCUGAUUGUGUUCCAUGGUUUAGCAGAACUUUAUCUAGCCAAUGUUCCUGGAAUGGCUUUUUUAAAAAUAUUCAGAGUGUUGAGAAUUUUCAAGCUGGGAAAAUACUGGCCGACAUUUAGGAUUCUGAUGUUGAUUCUGAGUAACUCAUUGGUGGCUCUGAAAGGCUUGGUGCUGUUGUUGUUCACAUUCAUGUUCUUUUCUGCUGUGGUUGGCCUGAAACUGUUCGGUAGGAGUUACAAAGAAUGUGUCUGCAACAUAGACAAAGACUGUCAACUCCCACACUGGCACAUGCAUGACUUCUUCCACUCAUUCCUGAAUGUGCUCCGAAUUCUCUGUGGAGAGUGGAUAGAGACUUUAUGGGAUUGCCUUAAGGUUGCAGGCCAAUUCGGUUGCCUUCCUUUUUACAUGAUGGUCAUUUUAAUUGGAAACUUAUUGAUAAUUUACCUGUUUCUGGCAUUGGUGAGCUCCUUUAGUUCAUACAAGGCUCCAACAACUGAAGAGAAUGGUGAAGAACAAAAUCUCCAGCGUGCAAUGGCAAGGAUUAAGAAAGGAAUAAACUACGUGUUUCCUAAAAUAUCAUGCAAAAAACAAAACAUUUCAAAGGAGACAAUGGACAAUGUAAACAAUGUGUAUGUUAGAGAGAAUAUUUCUGACCCUACCCUUUCUGAUUUAAGCAAUACCCAAGAUUUCUUCAAGGAUAAGGAAAAAAGCAGUGGCACAGAGAAAAACACAAUGACUGAAAAUGAGAGUCAAUCACUUAUACCCAGUCCUAGUGUCUCAGAAACUGUACCAAUUGCUUCAGGAGAAUCUGAUAUAGAAAAUCUGGAUAAUAAGGAGAUUCAGAGCAAGUCAGGUGAUGGGAGCAGCAAAGAGAAGGUAAAGCAAUCUAGCUCAUCUGAAUGCAGCACAGUGGAUAUUGCUAUCUCCGAAGAAGAAACCAUCUGUGAACAUGAAAAGCCAAAGCAGCUUAAAAAUGGUUAUAGACGAAGAUCUUCACCUGGCCAAAUUAGUGGUGAAUCCAAGAAAGGAAGAAUUUGGCAGAACAUAAGGAAAACCUGCCGCAAGAUAGUGGAAAAUGGUUGUUUUAAGUGUUUCAUUGGCCUUGUCACUCUGCUCAGCACAGGUGCUCUGGCUUUUGAAGAUAUAUAUAUCGAUCAGAGAAAGACUAUUAAAAUCUUAUUAGAAUAUGCUGACAUGAUCUUCACUUACAUCUUCAUUCUGGAAAUGCUUCUAAAGUGGAUGGCAUAUGGUUUUAAAGCCUAUUUCACUGAUAGCUGGUAUAAGCUAGACUUCAUGGUUGUCAUUGUGUUUUGUCUUAGCUUAAUAGGCAAAUCUCGGGAAGAAUUCAAACCACUAAUUUCUGUUAAAUUCCUCCGGGCACUCAGAGUUCUAUCUCAAUUUGAAAGAAUGAAGGUGGUUGUGAGAGCUUUGAUAAAAACAACUUUACCUGCUUUGAAUGUGUUUCUGGUCUGCUUAAUGAUCUGGCUGGCUUUUAGCAUCAUAGGAGUGUACUUAUUUGCUGGCACGUUCUAUGAAUGCAUUGACCCAACAAGUGGAGAAAGGUUUCCUAUAUCUGAAGUCAUGAAUAAGAGUCAGUGUGAAAGCCUUGUGUUUAAUGAAUCCAUGCAAUGGGAGAAUGCAAAACUGAACUUUGAUAAUGUUGGAAAUGGUUUCCUUUCACUGCUUCAAGUAGCAACAUUUAAUGGAUGGAUCACCAUUAUGAAUUCAGCAGUUGAUUCUACUGGUGUAAAUAAGCAACCUAAUUUUGAAGACAACAUCUACAUGUCUUGUUACUUUAUCAGCUUUAUUGUUAUUGGAUUAUUUCUUCCUUUGAGUAUGCUGAUCGGUGUUAUUAUUGCUAAUUUCAACAAGCAUAAAAUAAAGCAGGGAGGCUCAAAUAUCUUUAUAACAGUGAAACAGAAGAGACAAUACCAUGCACUGAGGGGGCUGUUGCAUGAGGACUCUCAAAAAAUAAUACGUCGCCCAAGAAACAAGUUCCAAAGAUUCAUGUUUGACUUGGUAACAAGCCAAGUUUUUAAUGUCUUCAUUAUGGUUCUUAUCUGUUUCCAAGCAAUGACCAUUAUGAUACAAAGUGAUGAACAGAGUUCAGAAAUGGACACUGCUCUCUACUGGAUUACCUUAUUUCUUGUUAUGGUAUACACGGGAGAAUGUGUACUGAAGCUCAUCUCUUUUCGUUGUAACUAUUUCACCAUGGGAUGGAACAUUUUUGAUUUUAUGGUGGUUAUUUUCUCUAUUACAGGACUAUUUCUGCCUCUGAUGGUAGGAUACUACCUUGUGCCUCCUUCUGUUGUGCAACUGAUACUACUCUCACGGAUCAUCCACAUCCUACGUCCUGGGAAAGGACCAAAGGUGUUCCGUGACCUGCUGCUUCCUUUGAUGCUGUCUUUCCCAGCAUUGUUGAACAUCAGUAUUCUCAUCUUUCUGGUCAUGUUCAUCUACGCCAUCUUUGGAAUGUACAAUUUUGCCUAUGUUAAAAAGGAAUUUGGAAUUAAUGAUGUGGCCAACUUUGAAACCUUUGGCAGCAGUAUGCUCUGUCUUUUCCAAGUUACAAUAUUUGCUGGCUGGGAUGGGAUGCUCAAUGCAAUUUUCAACAGUAAAUGGUCAGACUGUGAUCCUGAUAAAAUUAACCCCGGGACUCAGGUUAGAGGAGAUUGUGGUAAUCCCUUUGUUGGAAUUAUUUAUUUUGUCAGUUACAUCUUCAUAUCAUGGAUGAUCAUUGUAAACAUGUACAUUAUUGCUGUCAUGGAAUUUUUAAAUAUUGCUUCUAAGAAAAAAGCCAAGACAUUAAGUGAAGAUGAUUUUAAGAAAUUCUUUCAGGUAUGGAAGAGGUUUGACCCUGAUAGGACCCAGUACAUAGACUCUAGCAAGCUUUCAGAUCUUGCAGCUGCUCUUGACCCUCCUCUUUUUAUGGCAAAACCAAACAAGGGCCAGCUCGUUGCCAUGGAUCUUCCCAUGGCUGCUGGGGACAGAAUUCAUUGCCUUGACAUCUUACUUGCUUUAACUAAACGAGUUAUGGGUACAGAUGUGAGGAUGGAGAAAGUUAUUUCAGAGAUGGAAUCAGGGUUUGCAUUAGCCAACCCUUUUAAGAUCAUGUAUGAACCAAUUACAACUACUCUGAAACGAAAACAAGAGGCAGUCUCAGCAACCAUAAUUCAGCGUGCUUAUAAAAAUUACCGCUUGAGGCGAAAUGACAAAAAUACAUCAGACAUUCAUAUGAUAGAUGAUGACAAGGAAGUUCAAGCUACCACAGAAAAUGCUUAUUUUGACAAAGCUGAAGAAAAGUUAACUAUUCAAAGCCAAAUCUAAUCCCACUUGCCACCUUUUUUCACCUUUUUCACAUAUUCUAAAAAUGUUAGAAGUUUGAAUCAGAAAUAAAAAUGAAGAUCAGAGAAGUAAAGAUUUUACUUAAUAAUCAAUUGUUUACAACCCAUGGAAGUUAAGCUUGUGCUCACAAGACUCCAUGUCAAGUUGACUUUCACCUUUGUAUACUGAGUCUAACCAAGAUAAGCCCUUAGAAUCACUUUAGUGAGUUAAAUGGGUUAAAUUUGCCAUUUGAUAAUCCAAUGCUUGUUUUCUCUAUCUGGCUUUUAUGGUGUGUGUUUCAUCUAGAGGACUGAGGAGGUGAUGGUAGAGAUGAGUAGCUUUCUUGUAUACUUUAUGUCUACUUUAACUUGAUGGGAUUCAAAUCAUCAUUAAGAGGACUUAGUUACAAAUAAACAGUUACUUUCUUAAUGUCGGGUAGUGUUAAUAAAAACACAGUGCUGCAAGCUGUUAAAUCAUAAACUUGUCAGACAGAUGUCAACUGGGGAAGAGAAAGGACAGGUCUUAGAAAGUGCCUUUGAGAUCAACCACAGAUAGUCUUGGGCUGAUUCAAGCCACUUUGGUUAACUGGAGCCUUGGUUUUUGUUUUUGUUUUUGUUUUUGUUUUUGUUUUUGUUUUUGUUU